AUGAGGUCCCUACACAGGGUACAGGAGGCCCUGGUCAACAUGAGGUCACUACACAGGGAAUAUGAAGCCCUGGUCAACAUGAGGUCCCUACACAGGGUACAGUGGGCCCUGGUCAACAUGAGGUCCCUACACAGGGUACAGUGGGCCCUGGUCAACAUGAGGUCCCUACACAGGGUACAGGAGGCCCUGUGCAUUGCUGAGGAUGUUCCAAAUCCCCAGAGAUUUCCUCCAAGAACUUACCUGCACGCCAAAUCCAUCAUCCACAGAGACCUGAAGAGCAACAACAUCUUCCUACACGAGGACCUCACCGUGAAGAUAGGAGACUUCGGCCUGGCCACAGUGAAGUCACGCUGGAGCGGCUCCCACCAGUUUGAACAGCUCUCUGGCUCCAUCCUGUGGAUGGCCCCAGAGGUCAUCCGUCUGCAGGAUAAGAACCCUUACAGCUUCCAGUCUGACGUCUACGCCUUCGGGAUAGUUCUCUAUGAGUUGAUGUCUGGGGCCUUGCCCUACUCCAACAUCAAUAACAGAGACCAGAUAAUCUUCAUGGUGGGUCGGGGAUACCUGUCUCCUGACCUCUGA